AGCUUGUGGCCGAGCUGCAUUUGUUGCGCGCCACUUGCACGAGCGAGCGAUGGGUGUGAAACUUCCGAAACAUGAGGAGCCGAAAACAGCUUGGUUUCUGUUGUCAGUUCCUUGAACACAUAAUACAACACUAUCAUUCAUCUAGCAUACCGAUAAGUACUGGACACUUUGCCAAAAUGUCAUCGGGCACCACGUUCAAAAAGUCCGCAGUCGCGGACACUGUUAUGCUUAAUGGCAAGCAUAUUGAUGAGCAGCCACGCUCAACACGGUUUUUGUUCUCGUUCUUCACGUCUGGCAAGAAAGCCGUGAUGUUCAUGAUGUUAAGCCCGUUCAUUGUGUUGUGGUACCUAGUUCUCUGCGUCUCGGAGGCAUCUGCUGACACAAGAUCGCAAGCUCGCGGCCGAGGUGCCGGUGCGGGGCCAACCGUGGCUUCCUACCUCCCAUCGACGUUGACUUACAUGGCCGUUGGCGCAAUCCUGCCCUUCGUUACGGGGUGGGGCAUGGCGCCUCUCGUGUGGUUAGCGCUGGCAGCCGUGUGGGUGGCUCAAAACCGCCUUCUCGGGGUGGCGUCAGCGUAAAACCUUCAGCGCCACCGGACAUCCCCAGAGGAUCUGUGCCAGUGCCGCACGAGGGGGGCCGCGGCGGACGCGGACGCACGGAAUGCCCACAGUGCACAAGCAUGAUCGGGGGCUGCUACACUGAUGUACCAUUAUAAUUGGCGUGGGGCUGCAUGGAAUGAACGGCACGAUUCGCAACGGCAUCAAUGAAUACCGUAGUCACGUAGCCUCGUGCAGUCGGUAUUGUGUGACGACCGCGCUGAAGGGACGGCGUGGAGGGCCUUGGUUCCCUCGUAAAGCUGGUGUGCAGGCCUCCUGAUUUCGUUAGCGUGCACUGCCGUGAGGCUGCAAGGCUCUUGGCUGGCUUUGACUGACUGCAUGGAUUGGAUGAACGGUGCAUGGCGGAUCGCGUGGCUUGUCAAGCUGCUGCUGGCAAGUGAUCAGGACUGUUCAGGACUGACCAUCAGAAUGGUGCACAAAUACGAGUAUGGCUUUGUUUGUGCCCGUGUACUCGCGCGGAGGCAUGGUGUAUGAGCAAAUAGACACCACCGAUGUGUUUCAAGGGCCGACACAGUGCGUUCAACGUGCGGUCUGUGAUACCGGGCGUUUAGUGAGUUUGUGUGCUGAGAUGUUUGCGGUCCUUGAUUGCAUUUUGUAGUUCUAUAAGGACUGGAAUAGUAUGGGCAGACAGGGUGGCAUGAACUGGGGUACCGUAGUAUGGGCAGCAGAGUAGGAUCAGGCAGGGUAAGCCAUAUGGCUAGAUAGAGGCAGUUUUGGACACACACACGCCGUCGGGGAGGCCACUUCGGCGGCCGAGCGAUAGCCCCCAUACACCCUGCUAACCAAACCCAAGUGGUCACAAACAAAUGCGGUCCCGUCACUGGAUGAUGGCCGCUCCGUUGGGGUGGGGCGCGUCGCCUAGACGAGAGGGGGGGCUGAUGCCCCCGGUUUAAACCUCAGACCAGGUGGAAAUGGAUCAGGCCGCGGAUGGAGUUGUACACCUCUACACCAAACGUAAGGGUAGCAGUUUGUCAAUGGAGAUGAGUGCGUACGUGGCUAGGUGCUAGAUGCUAUAGAGAGGAGUGGAUGGGUGGUGUAUGACGAAGAGUCAUGACGUGUGCUGGGAGACAACAGGCAUGCUCGAUCGCAUGCACGACAUGAGUCGCUACUUGAUGUCUACGGUGGGAAGCGGUUACGGCGUUACGCACGGCGCCGUCCUCUUGAAUGCGCUACUUGGGGGCCAAGUAGGUUAGGAUGUCGGGCUGUUUCGUUUCCGCAUUCAGAAUUGGUAUGCGUGUGAUUUCCGCAUCUCGAACCCCCUGGCCGCGCACUCUGGUUAUGCACGUGCGCCAGCUAGUACGGUAACAGUAACAAGCCGCGUGCACGUGUACUGUGUAAUGCAUGGCGGCAGUUGGCUGUUCGUGUUCCCUACACCUCCUGCGCUGGCGCGAGUAUCACAAGGCCAGCAGGCACAGCAGCCUGUACGUCGUGGCUCACUUUGCAGCAAGUAGGGGUGGGGCUUCGCUGGCAGCGUGACCAACUGGGCAUUGUGCGCAUGAAGGUCACUAACACGGGUCUAGGUAGGCAGCUGGGCGUGCGAUGGGACAGGGUUUAGGCAAUUAGGCAGGUUGACGAGGACGCGAGGUCCCGUAGGGUGCCGUGUGGGUCAAUCCAGCUGCGCGCCUUGCCAGCAUGGACGCGUUCUAGCUGGCCGCGUCGUGAGUAGAACGAUUGACUGCGCGCUGUGUGUAUAUGUAUGUGUAUGCGUGAACCGGGUCAGGGCGCAAGAGGCCGCUGGGCUUACGGGCGUUGCGCCACCUGUCGGCAAGCGAAGCCGAUGCUCACCACACCAAUUCUGU